GUGAAGCUACCAUAGACUAGUCAUGACAUUUUGUUGCAUUCCAUUCCUUUCAUACUGAAAAGUUUGUAAUUUUGCUACUUGCUACAAAUGCCGAUAAUUUUCAGUGCAGUGUUUUGGACAAGUUUCAGUUCAGUUAUAUGUGAGAAAUACUUGUUACAAAAGAACUGACAUAUAAUAAAUAAGUACAUAGUGCUAAUUUCCGCGAGCUACUAGUAAAGCUUUUCAAAAUCUGGAAUCGAAAACUAUCGUUACUCAGGAGUCGUUACGAAAUUUUGCAAAAUGACUUCAGCACUUUAUUUGGAGCACUAUCUGGACAGUCUUCAACAUCUGCCGAUAGAAUUGCAGAGAAAUUUCAAGUUAAUGCGAGACCUCGAUGAUAGGGCGCACGGGUUAAUGAGGACAAUUGAUCUUAUGGCUGACGAACUAUUGCCUAAUAUUCCGAAAAUGGACGAGGAAGUGAAGAAAGACAAGGUUAAUACCAUACAGGGCUUGUUUAACAAGGCCAAGGAAUACGGCGAUGAUAAAGUGCAGCUCGCAAUACAGACUUACGAGUUGGUCGACAAACACAUACGGCGCCUUGACUCUGACCUUGCUCGCUUCGAAUCAGAAAUUCAAGAGAAAGUGAUGAGUGCCCGAGCUGCGCAGCAAGCUGCCGCGGACCAGGAGCCGAAUACCACCACUGUUAAGAAAGGAAGGAAGAAGCACAAGGGUAGUGAGAAGGCAGCUGCUACCACUGGCAAAAAGAAGCGCGUAGGAGCUUCCAGCGAGGACGAUGCCGUCGCUUCAGGCAGAUCCGCAGCCAAAAAGAAGGCACAACGCAAAGGUGCCACUACAACAGCCAGUGCUGUCAAGGAACAAGAAGAAAAUGCAGAUUUGGACUCAGUUGCUGGCAUGGCACAUCCCAGUGACGUCCUCGAUAUGCCUGUCGAUCCUAACGAGCCCACUUACUGCCUCUGUCACCAAGUUUCGUAUGGAGAAAUGAUAGGUUGUGACAACCCUGACUGUCCCAUUGAGUGGUUCCACUUUGCCUGUGUAGAUCUUAAGAUCAAGCCCAAAGGCAAAUGGUAUUGUCCUAAGUGUACUCAGGAUCGCAAGAAGAAAUGAUCCACGGUGAAACCUCCUGUCAAACCCACUGACAAGACUGUACCGGUAAAGAAGGAAGUGAAGUAACUUCAGUCUCAUAUUACCAAAAACUAUGCGUGAAAAAUUAGACAGUAAAUAAUUUUAUAGUAAUAUAAAAGAUAUUAAAUCUAGUAGUAUUGUGGUAACUGUAUUUAGUUAUAUAUUUUAAAAUUUUUAAAGCCUAUUUUGACUGCAUAUAAAUUGUUGCAGUGUUUUAUUCUUAUUUGAAAAUGAGCUAAUAAUAAUUUAAUAUAUACAAAAUGCCUUUAUUAUCUAGUAUUUGCAGAUUCUAACAUGAAUUGAUGAUUCUUGUAGGGUAUUUAUUAGGGUGGAUCAAAAAAACACUUUUUGGAAUUAGCAAACCUAAUAGUUAUCAAUCAAUGACCCUUAGUCUAUGAAGCCUUUGUGCAAAAUAUCAGCUUUAAUGCGGGGGAUUAGGUUUGAAAUUUUGAAAUUCUCAUACAAACCUGAAAAUUCAACUUUCAGAUUUAAAAAAAAUUUCGGCUGUAUUAUGUUAAGUAUAUGUUAUUGAUACAUAUCAAUAUAAGAAACUACCAAAAGUUGCGAAAAUAGCAUCAAAAAUCGCCAAAGUUCGCCUAGUUUUAGUACAUUUGCCGAAAUAGCCGCUAAAAUACCGAAAAUUUGCGAUUUUUAACGCUAUUUUCGCAACUUUUGGUAGUUUCCUGUAAUAAUAUGUAUCAAUAAUGUAUACUGAACAUAAUACUGCCGAAAGU